AUGGCUACUUCAAAGAGAGUUCAAACCCUGCUUCUCCUCGCCUUCUUUGUAUGCGUCUUUGCACACCGCUUUCCGGCGCUCGGCGCCCACCCGCUGCUUGGCGCUGAGAAGCUGACGAAGGUGCACUUCUUCCUCCACGACACCCUCAGCGGUAGCAAGCCCUCCGCGGUGCUCGUCGCGCACCGCGAGAACCACACGGGGUUCCCGAACGACCCGACGCCCUUCGGCACCGCGUUCGUGAUCGACGACCCCCUGACGGCGGGGCCCGAGCUCGAUUCGGGCGUGGUCGGCAACGCACAGGGCCUCUACGUGUCGUCACGCCAGGGACCGCUGUCCCUCGUGCUGGGCGUCGACUUCGAGCUCACAGCGGGGCCCUACAGCGGUAGCUCGUUCGUGGUGUUCUCGAGAAACCCCGUGACGGAGCCGCACAGGGAGCUCGCCGUCGUCGGCGGCCGCGGCGCGUUCCGCCUGGCCCGGGGCUUCGCGCAGCUGCACACGCACUACUUGAACACGACGAACGGAGACGCCGUGAUAGAGUACGAUGUCACCUUGCUGCACUACUGAUAUGAUCAGUAGUUGAUCGAUCAGGUGGAAUGAUGUUGAGUACGUAGUUGCUUAUAUUAAUUAUUCUUGUUCUAGUUGCUUAUAUUAAUGUUAUGUGAAUGUUCUGGUCAUGUAAACUUCAAACUUGGACUUGUAAGGGUUUGGAAUAUUUCUACUUUUCACAAAUAAAGUGUGUAUUUUGCAAAGAGUUGUUCGCGUUGGACAUAA